UUGUACCAAAACACAAACUCAUCAGCUUUCUUUCUAUCCAUCUCCUUUAGUAACACUCCUCCAUUGUUAUAGGCUUACUUUGCUUUGAGAUUUACAGAGUGAAAACUAAGAAAAUGGCAGCAGUGUUCAAGUUGGUAUGUGUUCUUCUUGCUUUCAUGGUUGUGUCUGCACCAUAUGCAGCUGAAGGUGCACUAACAUGUGGCCAGGUAGCUAGCAAGAUGACACCAUGUCUUGGCUUCUUAUUGGGUAAUCCUAUGUCACCUGGUUGUUGCCCAGGAGUCAAGGGUCUUCUUGCCAUGGCUAAAAGCACUCCUGACCGUCAAGCUGCUUGCAAUUGCUUGAAGGGUGCGGCCAAGUCUAUGUCUGGUAUUAAUAUGGCUAAGGCUGCUGCACUCCCCAAACAAUGUGGAGUUAACAUCCCUUACCAAAUCAGCCCUGCCACUGAUUGCGCCAAGGUUAAGUAAAUUAUCCCAUUGGAGGAUAUGCCAGCAUGUAGGAUUCGAAGAAUGAAGAAUAAGAUGGAUGUCUGGGUGAUGAAGUAGUAGAAGUCUCAAGGGUGUUUUAUGGCAACACUUAUGGCGAUCGAGCUUUGUUAGCUUUAGCAUCCCCUACUGUUGUUUUUGUGAUGUUGUUGUUAUUGCUUUUAGUAGUGUAGAAGUAGCAGUUGCUGUUGAGUUUAGCAUAUCAUCAUGUAAUCAGAUGAAAUCAUGAUUAUUUAACUUAUGUUAAUUUCAGCCUCCUACUUUCAAUCAAUGAAAAUGCUAAGUUUUUAUGUUA